GUUGUCAUGGAUGAUCAUCUUUACAUUGUCCUCCUGGGAAAAGUUGGAGUUGGGAAAACUGCUUCAGCCAACACCAUUUUAGGACGAGAUGCGUUUAAGUCGGAAGACGACUUUGGAUCAGUGACAAAAUAUGUCUCUAUGGAAACUGAAACUGUGUUUGGAAAACGUAUUUCAGUGAUAGACACUCCUGGCAUAUUAGGAUCCGAAGAGCAGAUUACAAGUUUUCUUCAUGUCUUCAGGGAUUCUACUUCUUUUCUUUUUCUGGUGGUCAUCAAAGUUGGUCGGUUCACUGAAGAAGAAAGGAAGGCUGUGGAAGCUGCCGAGAGAGUACUUGGACCGCAGAGGAUGAACAAUAGUUUCUUGCUGUUCACAGGUGGAGAUAGUUUAAAGACACCAUUAAAUGACUUCAUUUUAGAGUCUACCACCAGUGCACUUCCAAAUGUUGUUGAACGUUUUUCAUGGAGAAUCCAUCUUUUCAACAAUGAGGAUAGAGGAGAAGAACAAGUCAGAGAACUGUUGAUGAAGGCAGGACACAUUAAAACAGAAACCAAACUUGAGAGCCUUUUGGAAGAUCUGGGGUUGAAGGAGCAGUACCACAUAAAGAAGCUAUCACUCAGCAAAAUACUUCAGAUCGAUGAGAAGACAAUUACCGAUUACCCUGGCACGUGUAAAUCAAAUGUCCCAUUGUAUUUUCUUAAGAAAUUGUUGAUAGUUAAUGUGACUGCUAGGACUGUGAAAUAUGUAGCAUGUGAUUCAAAGGAUGUUAAUACUGAAACAAACUGUGAUGAUGCAUCAGAGACCGCAGAUUAUUAUUUUGAGGAUUUGUUCGACAGUCCAAAUGAUGCUGAAGUCUUUAAUCCUCUUGAUAUAAUCACUGCUCUCUUUUUGUGCUCUGAUGGGUUUGUUCAGCAAGAGUUGGCACUAAAAAUGUCCAUGUGUCAGUUCUCUGUUCCUCUGCUGCUUCCUAACUGUGAUACUAAACAGAGCACCCUCAUGCUGUGGGCCAUGAGAGACAUUGUUAAGAAAUACAGACCUCCAGAUCUUUCAGCAUCAAAGGGCUUCAAAGAAGAAAGAAUCGUUCUUUCUGAGCUUCCAAUGAUCUCAUUUGUAAGACUGGGUGAGUGCUCCUUGUCCAAAUCAGAAAUUCUCAACAAAGUUCUUUGUAACCCUCAGCAGUACCAUGACACCUUUGUUCACCACAACAUGAAGUGUGGAGACAGUCCAAGAAAAAUAUCUGAUGGACUGACUGAAAUUACCUGGUACCUUCCCUGUGGAAACAAAAACAUGGACAUUUUCAGUCAGCCAGUUGCUUUAGCUAACCUUCGAGGUGACAUUGCUGCACAUGAAACACAAUUCUCCUUUUUGUGUCAGACAUCUGCUGCAGUUUUUGUGUUCUUUGAUCAGCUGGAGCCUGAGUGCAAACUGCUGACCAACAAAAACCACAAAGCAAAGAUCUUCUUGGUGGGAAACCAACAGAGCAAGAGCUUAACUCCAGAUGUUCUAAAGAAAAUAGCAAACAAGCUGAACUUGACGACAGACAACAUCAUUAUAAAAACAAAAAAGACCAAUGAUGCAGACUUUGUGAAAUGUUUGAGGACAACUGUGAGCAGUGUACUUACCAACCCAGUGAUGAAGAUGUCAAUAGAGCAGAUGACCGACAUUGCACAUGAACUGGGAAUUUCUAGUGAUGAAGAUUCACCAGAGUGCCAGGCUGGGAAGAAAUAUGCAGAUUCUAUCACUGCAGAGAUUGAAAACACCUUUAAAUUUAAAGAAAAAGAGUUUCCUUUGCAAGGCCAGAUCUGGAAGGAAUUGACUUUCUUGGAAAAGGAAGAAUUUCGUCUUCGAAAAGUUGGCUCUGAAGACAUAGAAAAGUAUAAAAGUAAUCUUAAAAUGAAAAAAGAAGAGCUUCGUAGGAAGCAGAACUCCCAUGCCAUGUCAGAUUUCAUGAGUUGCUUCAUUAGUGCAAUAUCCAGCAAAGAAAGGGGUUAUUUUCUGAAAUGGAUGCGAAUGAACCUCGACAACUUGUCUAGAAUAAAACUUUCCAGCCUCAGGGAGCUUUACAAGGAAAAAUGCAAGGACUCCGAGAACAAAAAGGAAGUCAAAGAAAUUGACCAAAAACUUUCUAGCAGCUCACUGGGAGUUGAGCACUUCUUCCGUGAAAUGGGUCAGAUCUACGAAGCUUCUCUUUACCUUCCAAAAAGAGACCCUUCACGUCAACAACUGCAACAUCUGCCCAAACUCUGUGCUCAGUUAUUACUGGAUGGAUUUCCUCUGGAGCUUGUAGAUGGAGAUGCUUCCAACAUACCUCUCAGAUGGGUGAGUGACGUUCUCUCUCAGCUCAAUGACUUGGUGUCUCCAAAGAACAAGAUACUGGUUGUCACAGUUCUUGGAGUCCAGAGCACAGGAAAAUCCACUCUCCUUAACACCAUGUUUGGGGUGCAGUUUGCAGUCAGCAGUGGUCGAUGCACUCGAGGAGCCUUCAUGCUGCUCAUCAAAGUCAGUGAAGACUUCAAAAAAGAUCUGAACUGUGACUUUGUGGUGAUUAUUGACACUGAAGGCUUAAAGUCACCAGAGCUGGCACAGCUGGAUAACAGCUAUGAACAUGACAAUGAGCUGGCAACACUGGUUGUUGGGCUGAGUGACGUCACCAUUAUCAAUAUUGCAAUGGGGAAUUCAACAGAAAUGAAAGACAUCCUGCAGAUAGUGGUGCAUGCUUUCCUCAGGAUGAAGGAGGUCGGCAAAAAGCCUAAAUGUCAGUUUGUUCACCAGAACGUUUCUGACGUUUCAGCCCAUGAGAAGAACCUACGAGACAGGAAGCUGCUCCUAGAACAGCUGAAUGAGAUGACCCAGGCAGCAGCUAAAAUGGAAAAGAAAGAAGAGAACAAGAACUUCACUAAUGUGAUGGAGUACAAUCCAGAUACUGGGAACUGCUACAUUCCUGGACUCUGGAAUGGAAACCCACCAAUGGCACCAGUCAAUGUGGGAUACAGUGAGACCGUCUAUGAGCUCAAGAAAAACAUCAUCCAGCUGCUGGGAAAGUGUGAGUCAACUUCUAACAACAUCUUGGAGUUCAGAGAGUGGAUAAACAGCCUGUGGACUGCAGUGAAACAUGAAAACUUCAUCUUCAGCUUCAGAAACAGCCUGGUAGCCGAUGCAUACAUGAGGCUCUGCACAGAGUACAAAAAAUGGGAGUGGGAGUUCAAAAAAGAAAUGUACACCUGGGUUACAGAUGCAGAGACAAGAAUUUCAUAUUUUGGGAUAGUUGCUGCAAAAAAAAAUAUCAGACCUGAGAGAAUACACUGAGAAAUCACUGAGUUGAAAAGUGAAGCAACUACAGAGCUGAUCAAGUGGGAGACAAUGAUGCUUGACAAUCUGAAAAAAUACUUUGAGCACCCAGAAGGUCAUGUUUAUCUGGUCGAAAGAUACAGAGAGGAUUUCUCAAACAGCAUAAAGAGUCUGAGACGACAAACUGAGAGAUCAGUAUUUGACCAGAUCACAGCAGCAGCUGACAUCAAACAGGGAAUGGAAAUACUCAACAAAAUCAAAGACACUUACAUACAAAAAAUUGAAACAGCAGUUUGUGCUUUGAUUGAUGAAUGUCACUUCAAAUAUCUUCACCAGUGUUUCCCAUCAGUUGCGAACAAAUCUUUCACCCAAGGGAAGCCGUGCAUGUAA